AUGGAGUCAUGUAAUACAGCACCGGCAUCAGAUGGUAGAAGAGACAUCAACGAUCCCUUUCUACCUUCCUUUAAUUCGGAUGACAUGAGUUAUGCACUGCGAGCGAGCUUACGACAGGUGGGUCUACAAAAUUUGGUCAAAGUAGUGGACAUACCACCUGUGAACCUGAAGAGGCAGCUAGUCCACAAUCGUGCCUAUGACAGACUUUGCGAGACACCGAACUGUGUCGUAUGUCCGGAUGGAAGUCAAGGAGAUUGCAACUGUGUGGGGCUGAGUACAUUGGCAAAACAAGAAGAGUUCUACGAACUCGGGUAA